UAAUAACUCAGAAAAUCGAAUAUAUAUAUUUGCUAAUUUGUUAAAAAUGGUUGUCUGCACAAUGCAGAGGUAUACAAGAGACGAACAACUGAAAACGGUGCAAGCCACGCAAAUUCAAGAACAAAAUGCUGAAAUUGUCGAUAAUUGUGGAAAUGCCGCCGACGAAGACGAGGAUCGCGAGGAAGGGGAAAUUGUCGAUGAAUUCGAAAUGAUCAUUUCCUCGGAGGAUGAGGAGUUCAAGCUGCGCGCCCGCAUCCAACAGCUCGAGGACAAGAGCAAGGACAUCGAGAAAAUGGAUAUGCUAGCCGCCAAUUUGGCCAAUCAAUACAGUUAUCAAAGGCCGCAGAUAUUUGAGCGAUAUUCGUCGUCAAAGUAUCAGCAUUUCUCGCCCAUCAGCAUACUCUCGGAUGUGUCCAGUCUGUCCGAGGCGGAGGAGUUUGACCCACCCAAAAAGUAUCGCAAAUACCGUGCGAAACGCAACGAGAGCAAAAAGCACAACAAUUCCAUAAACAUUCGAAGGAAUCCGCAUGCAAACCAGCCACAGUCAUCGCUCAUACGCAAGAAGCGACGUCAUCACAACAAUAACAACAACAACAGCGGCGGCCGGAACAACAACAGCAGCAGCAGCAACAAAUAUCAUCAUCAGCAGCAACAACAACAACAGCAGCAGCAGCAGCAGUCUGCCAUUUUAUUGGACUCGCUGGACAGCGUGACGGACGAUGAGAUCUGUGAAUAUGACAUGAAUGUGGAGCAUGACAACGAUGUGUACGAGGAGCGCUUAAAGCUGAGCAGAAAUAAGCUGCGCGUUGCCCUCGCACGUGCCGGCAACUAUGACAUCAAGCCGAAGCAUAGUCUGCGCGAGAGAUUGCAGUAUCGCAUGCAUCAAUCGCCGCCAAGUCCCGCCGAUCGUUUUGCGGAACUCAGUUUGAGUCGCAAUCAAAGCAAGCCGGAUGAGCAAUUGCCGGCACAUUCAUUUGAGGGAUACAGUAAGCAUCGCAGCAGCGCUGGCGAGGACCAAGAGCAGGAGCAGGAGGACCACGAAAACGAGCCAGAACAGAAGCCGAGACAAGAGCCGCUGCUCGGUGAGCUGUCCGAGAUUAGUUUGCGUCUGAUUGCGCUCAAAUCGGCGAUACUGAAGAAGCAUAUGGCGCGCAAGAAGCGCGAUGCCGAACGUGCCUAUUCCCCCACAGACCUGAUCAAUCGGGUGCACCAGCCGACGAUAAGCAAUGAGUGUGACGACAUCGAUGAUCUCAUGGAGAUUAGUCCGGCGGCAUCGCCGGAACGCAGUCCCCCACCGCCGCCGCCAUCGGUACGCUUUGCGGAGCCGGUGGACAUGGAACUGGCGCAGACGGACAGCGAGGAGGACAGCAGCAAGCUGAGACAGCCACCCCAAUGGGCCCACAACUACAACUCUUUGGCGGACAGCGGCGGCAGCUGGCGCUGCUUUAUGCCCAACGCUCUGCCGCCCGUCUCCAUGCCCAUUGUCAUCGAUGAUGAUGAUGACGAGGAGCAGGAAGAGGAGGAGGAAGAGCAGUAUAAAUCGGAGCAGUUGGACAACGAUGAGGAGGAUGAGUUGCCGCCGCAGCCGCCAUCGUUUCACAUUCCACACGUGCAGCUGGAGGACGAUGAGGAUGCCCGGGACGCACUGCAUCUGAAUGAACGACAUCAUCAGCAUUCGCAACAGGAUUCACUGAGUGAAAUCCAAUCCAUAUCGAUGGACAACUCACAGACGCAAACGCAAACCUCGCGUCAUUUCCACACCGAGUCCAGUGAUGAUGAGGCGGCCGCUUUGCGUGCCCUGCUCCUCUCCAGACGCAAGCCAGCAGCCAAAGGGACGACAACAACGCCCGACAAAGAGAAACUUAAUUCCAUUAUGGAGGAAACCAUGGCACACGAUUCCGAUGAUCCCGAGGAGCUGCGUCAGCUGCUGCUCACCAGCAUUGCGUACAAAAAGAAGAUGGACAUUGCCGAGGAUUUGGCGCCAGAGAGUCCAGAGAUUCUGUUAAAUGCCGUGCGACGUUUUCAAGCUAUCUCGCCCGUAUUCAAGGAGGAGGACCACGUCCAGCAAUCACCGGAGAGUCCACCACUCAUCCCGUUGCCUCCCAUGGAACCAGAUCCUGUUCCUCAGCCUGUGCCUGCGCCCGUUCCAGCGCCCCCUCCCUUGCCCUUGUCCUUGUCCUUGCCUGUACCUGCUCCUUUGCCUGUACCUGCUCCUUUGCCUGUACCUGCUCCUUUGCCAGUGCCACCACCACAACUAGCUGUGGAAGCUGCAGGCACAUCUGUUGCAGCCCCCUCGAGUCCCACACCCGCCGCCCCUUCGAACAUCAUCAAGAUCGUGAAGCCCAACAAGGUGAUCAACAAGAAGCGUAAAAUAUCCAAACAUCCCGAACCAUUGGCGGCCAUCAAGCGUCCAGCAACGCUGCUUGUCAAGGAGCCAGUGGCUCCGUUGCACGGGCCCAAUGCAAGUGGCGCCAGUUCAACGCGCCUCAUCACCACCCUCGAUCCGUCCAGCAUUAAGGUGAGCAAAUUGGUCAUUGCGCUGGCCGAAUCCGAAUCGGCGGGCAGCGAUGACGAACUGGAGCUGAGCAACUGCUAUGCCUACAACAGCUACGCCAGCAACAACAGCUGCUAUGCGGACAAUGCGAGUCCAUUCAGCCAGGUCGUCGAUAGCGCCAGCAAUUCCACAACCCGCUCUAAUACGCCCAAUUCUGAGAUACUGCUGGGCGAACCAGCGUCGGCAUCAUCGUCAUCCACCAAUCCCAACUUGCGGCGCACUGUCAUCAAUGAGUACUUUGAGAAGAAACUCGAUGAUUUUCUAAAGCAGGCCCGCUCCAAGGUGCCCACCAAUCAGAGCAGCAUGGAGAGCAGCAGCAACUGCAAAUCAAAUGUGGAGGCCGAGUCCAAAUCCAACGAUUGCCAAUUGCCUGAAACAAAAGCUGAAACGUCUCCUGUGAUGUCACCAAAGACCAAAUCAACACCAGUGGCUGUGCGCCAUUUGCCAGUGGCAUCCCAAAGGGAAUACUUGCGUCUUAUCGAACGCAUGCAGCUGCUGGAGAAGAAGAAAGUUGGCGUCAAGUCCUCUGCUGCGGCAGUCAGUAAAAGGGACAUGUCAGCAGCAACUGUGGAAAAGAAAGUUGCCCUCAACGCGUCAGCGGGCAAAAAACAAAUGCUCAAAAAGGCCACAGCUGGGGCAGGGCCCCAAAACAGCGCAGUUGCUGAUGCUGAUCUGCCAACUACCUCAAUGGCGGCGGCAAAGGCUGCACAGCCCUCAAAAGAGAGUCGACUGAAAGCAUUCGAGAGUUCAUUUCAUAAAAUCGGUUGCAGCAUGAUUGCAAAUCUGGACAAAUCACUGCAUAUGGUCGAGGAGGCGAAGAGGACAAAGAUUGCUCGGCUGCGGUAUGCGAAACGGCUGAAGGAACUCUAUGCCGAGAUGCAGGCGAUCAAGCAGUCUGUCAAACUGGAGGAGAUGAAAUUGGCGCGCAUUCAGCCGGAGAUUCAGACAAGUCACGAGAUCAUCAUAUCGCUCAAGCAAAAGCGCAACAAGCUACGCAACGCCGCCAUGGAUCUGGGCAAUGGCCUGCUGGGCUACGACUACAGGUUACUCGAUCCCGGCAAGGAGGAAAUCACACGCAAAUCGACGCAGCUAACCAAAGACAUACGUUUAUAUAAUUCAAUACUUAAAUAUGAGAAUAUACCCGUCGAUGUGCCGCAAUGUGAAGUGCCAGCCGAAGCACAGCCCGCAUCCGAGUCCGAGUCUCAAGCGGUAACCAAAACUGAAACUGAGCUGGCUCCCAACCAGGACCCGGAGCAGGAGCUGCUGAGCAGCAGCAACUGUGAUAGCCAAACGCCGCCGCCGCCGCCGCCACCCAAUGAUGAGAUGCCACCUGAAAUCGAGCAGCGAAAUGAAUGUGAUAACAACUCAGCUGGAACUGCACUCAAAGCUGGGGCAGAGGCAGCAGUCAGCCCAGACUCACCGCUGGAAGUUGAUACCCUGCCCCCGAAUGUGGUCCGGAAUGUGCCACCGUCGAUGGUCAGCUUUAUGCGAGAGUUGUCCGAGCCACCCAUCAAGCAAUCCCUGCUUGCCGAAUAUCGUACGCCGAUGCCACGAAAUUACAACAGCCAGCUGAAUAUCAAUGCCACCGUUUGUCCCUUUGAUCUGAUGGGUCGCUGCGAGGACACGGACUGUUCAUAUCUGCAUUUGACUGCAACCGGGCCAAAGCAGUGAAUGAAAAAAGAAAAAAUCACACACAGAUAUCAAAAAGAAAAAAAGAAAGAAAAACAAUUUUAAUUCAUUUAACAUUCUAAAUAGCGUGCUUGAAUUCUGGUAAGUUGAACUCUUCACGCGACUUUAUAUUUAAAUGUUGCUUUCAGUCAACCAGAGACAAAAACAAAGA